GGCUUCAGCAGCCUUGGAGAAGCAUCAGCUGAGAGGAGCUAUCACACAGGAUCUGGGAGCUGCUCAGCAAAGAUGCCUUCGCAAGGAAACUGGAGUCCGGAAGAGUUGCAGAGUGAGUAAUGCCCAGACCUGGACCUAGAAGCUGAAUCGUGUUCUCCUACUCCCAGUUCUGACGAGAAAUCAAAGAAUUCACACAAGGCACCCUAAAGCCAGGGCACUGUCUUAGACUCCUCAGGACCCUGGAGAAGGGAGACAGAGGAUUUAGAAUUGCCCUCAAAAGGGAAGAAAAGCAUGGAGAACUAGAAAAAGGGGGAGAAAGGUGCCACAGACCACUCUGAAGGUGGAACACUGCAUGUGAGAUUCCGUCCCUCGCCAGUGGUCCCUCGCCAGUGGGCCGCUUCUCUUCACCAGGGCUGACUGACCUUGGGUCUACCUCCUGACAGAAACUGGACACGAGCUUCUGAGUUCAGAGCUACCUGGCUUGGCGCCACUACAGAAGAACCCUGUUUGGAAGGCUGGUGAUAAAGGCCUGCCCUACAGACUCCAGUGCAAGGCCCCCAAGGAAAUCCAUCGGGAAGCCUAGGCCUGGGCUUUACCACCCAGGGCUGAGGAGUAGGAUGGGGGAUGGGCCCGUAACAGAAAGAGCCCUGGGUGUCCUCUUUCGGCCCCAUGGAGUCCUCAUCCAUCCCCCAGUCAUCAGGAAACGCAUCCACUUUGGGAAGAGCCCUUCAAACACCAGGUCCCUCUACUGCCAGCGGGAUCCCCGAGUUGGGACUGCAGGACGUGGCUUCAGAAUCCGUGGCCCUCUUCUUCAUGCUCCUGUUGGACCUUACUGCUGUGGCCGGCAACGCUGCCGUGAUGGCUGUUAUUGCCAAGACACCUGCCCUCCGAAAAUUUGUUUUCGUCUUCCAUCUCUGUCUGGUGGACCUACUGGCUGCUCUGACCCUCAUGCCCCUGGCCAUGCUCUCCAGCUCCGCUCUCUUUGACCACGCCCUCUUCGGGGAGGUGGCCUGCCGCCUCUACUUGUUCCUGAGCGUUUGCUUUGUCAGCCUGGCCAUCCUUUCGGUGUCUGCCAUUAACGUGGAGCGCUACUACUAUGUGGUCCACCCCAUGCGCUACGAGGUACGCAUGACACUGGGGCUGGUGGCCUCCGUGCUAGUGGGCGUGUGGAUAAAGGCCCUGGCCAUGGCUUCUGUGCCAGUGUUGGGCAGGGUCUCCUGGGAGGAAGGCGCUCCCAGUGUUAACCCAGGCUGUUCUCUCCAAUGGAACCAUAGUGUCUACUGCCAGCUUUUUGUGGUGGUCUUUGCUGUUCUUUACUUCUUGCUGCCCUUGAUCCUGAUCUUUGUGGUUUACUGCAGCAUGUUCCGAGUGGCUCGUGUGGCGGCCAUGCAACACGGGCCGCUGCCCACGUGGAUGGAGACACCCCGGCAACGCUCUGAGUCUCUUAGUAGCCGCUCUACUAUGGUCACCAGCUCCGGGGCUCACCAGACCACUCCACACCGGACGUUUGGGGGUGGAAAGGCAGCAGUGGUCCUCCUGGCUGUAGGAGGCCAGUUCCUGCUCUGUUGGUUACCCUACUUCUCUUUCCAUCUUUACGUGGCCCUGAGCGCUCAGCCCAUUUCGACAGGACAGGUGGAGAACGUGGUGACUUGGAUCGGCUACUUUUGCUUCACUUCCAACCCUUUUUUCUAUGGGUGUCUCAACCGUCAGAUCCGGGGCGAGCUUAGCAAACAGUUUGUCUGCUUCUUCAAGGCAGCUCCAGAGGAGGAGCUGAGGCUGCCUAGUCGGGAGGGCUCUAUUGAGGAGAAUUUCCUGCAGUUCCUCCAGGGGACCUCGGAGAACUGGGUUUCCAGGCCCCUACCCAGCCCUAAGCGGGAGCCACCACCUGCUGUUGACUUUCGAAUCCCAGGCCAGAUUGCUGAGGAGACCUCCGAGUUCCUGGAGCAGCAACUUACCAGUGACAUCAUCAUGUCAGACAGCUACCUCCGUCCCUCCCCCUCACAAAAGCUGGAGUCCUGAUGGACACUUGGAGGGAAAUAAGGCUUGGGGCUGGUUUACAAUCUUAAGGACUGCCUUUUCCAGCUGGCUGGGGUUUGGGCUGGGGUCUCUGGACUUAGCUUUUGCUUGGUGUUUCCUGGGUCAGGACCAGAGUCGACAGGAUGGACAUGUGGCAAAAGCCUUGGACUUGGCUGUGCUCUUUGACUAUUGGGGGCGGGAACCUGGGUUUGGUGAGACGAUGAUGAGAGAAAAGGGUCACAAAGGUGAGGCGACACCUUUCUACCAGUGAACUUCUCAUGCCUCAGGAGACAGGGAAACUUCCUAAGGGCAGGUGUUGGAGCAGCAGGCUAGGAGCUGGGGACCACUGAGGUUUACUUCUCUCUGGUGUAAUAGUUCAGGGUAAUACUUACACUAAAACAAGGGAAGGGAGUGGCCCACAUCUUCUCACUUACUAAGCUAAAAAAACUGUAGCCAAGUGUCACCAUGAGUUAACAGACUCCUUUUUAAAGUUAAAUGUCUAAGAUUUCUCUUAAAGUGAGCAGACCAGUAGGGUGAACUCUUUUCUGGAUUUUGCCAGCAGCGCAAGAAAAAAUUGCAGUAAGGGUAGUGGGGAAGAAGACAGGACAACUCUCUGCAGCUCUCUCCUGUUCUCUUCUCUGCAUGGAGAUGAGGUCUGGGUCCUGAUCUCAGCACAGACAAACAUGAGACAGGCUGCUCCUUUCCUCCCUGCCUUUUGAGUAGCUAGACUAACUGGGGGAUCAGAGAGCUGAGGGUGGAUACAGAAAGGCCAGGUAAGUUACUCUGAUCAAUAAUACUGCCAAUCUUUUCUUUCCAGGACUGGCCUCCCUGAUCUCUCUCCUCAUGGCAGUGACCCACUUCCAGCCCCCUGGACAAUCGGGUACAAGAGACUAAGGUCGGGCAAGGGGAAGGGUGGGGUUUCCACAGUCCAUGAAAUGCCUCCCUCUCCUCGUUCAUUGCUCUCAAAAUAGCUUCUGUGAUAAAGACUUAAAUGUGUCUCCUACCUGCAGCCCUGGGUUGGAGAGAGGGCUGAGAGUUGGGCUUUGCUGUUUAUUGAUUAAGACUAUAGGAACCAUGUUGGUUAGUAUCAGCAAUGCUAUUUCCCAUGGAGAGGGAUUAAUUGCAAGCUAGACAGGCUACCUAUCUGGAACCUCCUGUCCAUUCCACUUCCCGCAGUUGAAUACCAAAGGGUCAAGGUAGAAUUAGAGGGUGAUGUGGUCUACACCUGAACAAAUUUCUGGCUCAUAACAGAAAUAACAAAGGGGGAAAGUGUGUUGGGGUGGAGUAGUUUCCCCUUUGGACAACUAAUAAAUUUUAUGAUAAAAGUUAUAUUGAUAUCAACACUGACUCCUUCAGUUUUAUUCAGUGUGUAGUUGAACGCCAGCAUUCGCUGGGACACACACAGAUGAUGUGUGGUCUCUGCCUUCAAGGAGUGCAUAGUCUAACUUGAUCAGAUAUUUGUAUUUUUGUAGAGCAUGUAGAUCUGAUAAAGUAGUACAAUGUGGAGAAUCUAUCCAUGGUUCUGACUUCUGAGAGUCCACUGAGUGAUACACAGAGCCUCCCUGCAGACUGUGCAAAGUGUAGGGAGUGGAAACAAAAUGCUCUAGCGAAGGAAACAACCCAUCUGAUGAAACCUGGCAAACAGCUUUUCCCCUUUUGGAUUAGAUGAAUUUCCAGUCUGUCUUCCUAACUUUUGUGCAGUCUUCUAGUCUAGGGCCUAUUACACUGGGGAAAUCCCUUAGGAAGUAUACACAGUAAGGAGUGUCCUUUUAUCUUCAAAACCAUUUCUCCCUCUCUUCCUAGAGGCUGAGAAAUUUAUCAUAAGGGGAAAAACUUUCAUAAACCAUGAAUCCACCAAUUAGCUAGUAGACCCAGACACUGCCAGAAGAUGGCAGUGUGAGCCCUAUAGAAACAGGAAAGGCCUGAAUGGACGAGCGUUUGUGUGUGUGUGUGUGUGUGUGUGUGUGUGUGUGUGUGUGU